UUCCCCACAUAAAGAACUAUUUGUCAGUAAUUGGAGAGAGGUAUUCCAGAGUUUUGAGGCAGUCUCUCAAUAAGAGUGAAACUGAAACUAAUUCCAUGUAUAUUUAUUGCAGGUUGGUCAGGUUUGAAGUGAGAUACAAGGCAACAGUGUUCCAGGAUCAAGCUGAUAGAUUCAAGGACGAAAAACAAAAUGGGAUCAUCACAAUCACAGAAACAAAAAAAACAACAACCAUCAAGUCCAGAACUGGAGACACCAUGGAGGUCAUUUGACUGGGGACAAAAAGAAGCCCUGAGAAAAUGGCUGGAAAACUUCACUCUGAGUGAUCCAAAUGUAAAAGACAUCAAGAUACUGGUAGUUGGACCAUCAGGAGCAGGAAAGUCCAGCUUUAUAAACUCCAUCAACAGUGUCUUUCAAAGACGGAUCUCCUCUAAAGCACUAGUUAACUCUGCUGGAGGAGACAAUCAUAGUUUUACAGAAAAGCUCAAGAGACUUACCAUCAAAAAUGGGAAAACAUCUUUGCCCUUCGUCUUCUUCGACAUCAUGGGUUUAGAAGCUGAAGAAUUUCAUGGAUCAAAAACAGAAGAUAUCAUCAAAGCUGUGUUUGGCCAUGUGAAAGACGGCUAUAAAUUCAACGAGGAGCAGUCAAUCGAUUAUAAGGAUCAACAUUACACCAGUGACCCCAGCCUCUCCGACCAGUGUUUCUGUGUGGUUUACAUCAUAGAUGGAAAAAUAGUUCAGUACACAGAAGAUCGACUGAUUAAAAAGUUGAAGAUCAUCCGCAAGAAAAUCAGUGAUAAGGGCAUUGCUCAAGUGGUUGUCAUGACCAAAGUGGAUGAAGCAUGUCCACUGGUCAAAAAUGAUCUAAGGAAGGUCUACUCGAGCAAGAAGAUCAAAGAGAAGAUGGAGCUGUGCAGUGCCCACACUGGUGUGCCAAUGACAAACAUCUUCCCAGUGAAGAAUUACCAUGAUGAGAUCGACACAAAAGAUGAUGUUGAUGUUCUGAUACUGAAGGCUCUUGAACAGAUUGUUCACAAUGCCAAUGACAGAUUGGAGGAUAAUGAAACCUACUGAAAUGGUAAUAAUACAUGUAAUUCUUUAAACGCUAAACAAUUUCUUUAUCUGUUCAAAUUAUCUGUCAGUUUCUUUUAUCUUUAGCUGGAGUACCCAUCAGACUCACUAGAGGGCACUUCAUAUACAGUAUGUACACCAGACAUUCUCCCUGACUACACAUCCCAUCAUGCUUUGUGCAUAAUCAGACUUUAAUUACCUGCUAUAGCUGAUAUCAAUCUGGACAUUGACAUUUACACCGACUGCACACACCAUACAGUGUAAGCACCACAUUCACACUCAGUCUUGUAUUUCUGUGCAAUUAGUAUUUUCCUGGUUUAUUUCUUUUCGUGGAUAUUGAUUGAACCUCUGCCAGUUUUUUUGGAUUACUCUCUUUGGGUUACCUUUUUUUUUGUACUGUUUGCUCCUGUUGACCCUAGCCUGUCUGACCAUCCUUGUUUAAAUAAAGCUGCGUUUGUAAGUUCA